AUGGAGGAGGAUACGAACUGCAUUGGCAACCCGGAAACGGCCCUCCGUACAAAGAUAGACCUUUCGGAGCUUCAUCCCAUGGUGCGCUGCACCAUAUUAAUGAACAUGUACAUCGAUGCCCUCAAAGAAGGCUUUCAAAACCCUCUGUUUCCUAUCCAGCGCCUUCUCAACUUGUCUGCAGAGGACAUCAUGCAGGCACUCGAUAAAGUUGAGAAGGCGUAUCUUCAUGACGACUAUCCGGAUUGCAUGUCAGCGCUAGCCAUGGCAAAGCAUAUUCUACAAGCACGCCGCUUCCUUGUGCAGCAGAAAUGGCCAUGGCGCUUCUUAGACCAUGUAGAUCUGGCAGAGUAUACGCCAGACCGGGCGAUGCAAAUGCAGCACGCGCAUGCACCGGAGGGAGCACACAACAUGCCUGCAGCAGACCUUCUCUUCUUUGGUAGACGCAAAAAAGUGCAGCCCAAAGAUGUGGGUGGAACUUUGCUCGCUCCAAGAGACGUCAGGCCAGCGAACGAUCGUGCGCAAGAGACCACGAGACACGCUCCAGCGAGGGCAACAGUGACCAUCUCAUUUGGUUCGCAGGAGCAUUCCCAACGCCGUAGGCUCAGGCUUGAAGAAAUGACUUUUGCGGAAGGCGCCGCCCAGGAAGAGCUGCAGCGGCUGCGACUUCGCGGGCGGCAGGGGCAGUCGCUUCCCAGUGGGAAGGCGUCAUCAUCUGAGAAGUACUUCCAGCCCCAACUUGUCUACUCUCCUUCAAUGCCCAAGUCCAACAUUUUCACUUUUCCAGUAACCGUGCUCAAUCAGAGCCCACCAACACCAUCUUCGCCCGACACAUCUAGCUCCGCAGCCUCAGCCUCAUCGCCACCGCGCGAGAUGUUGUUCCCCACCGCUCCGUCCUCGCCGCCACCCUCGGAUCUUCCUUCCGCCAUCUACGGGCCCCCGUCCGUCGAGUGCUCAGAGGCAGAGGUGCUGAAGAUGCUUGGAGCCGCCACUACCGCAGCCAUCUCCCACAGCACUGCCUUCUCUUCCAGCCCAAUGAGAGGAGAAGCGAGUGACACGCCUGCUGCUCGCUCGACGCCGCCCGAUGAUGACGUGGAGGAGAAGCAAGGCAACAUCAUCCCCGUUCGGCCUAUACGAGUGGGUCAGCAGCUGAUCACUCAAACACCACCGUCAACACCAACGACGAUGGAGUUAGAGCCCAGCUCGCCUUCCCUGCAGCGGCAGCAGCGACAAAUGAUGCGCCGCCGCUGCCGCCCACCUCUCAGGUUGCAAUCAUCCUCGGCAUCCGCCAUGCUGAUGCUGUUCGAGCGGAACUACCACCGGCGGAUCCAGGAACAGCAAGCCGCGCAGGCGUUCGUGCAGGUCGGAUCGCUGCGAGACGUGUUGACGCCGCGAGAGGAUUCGGAGUACGACCAGCGAAACGGACACUCUUUGACGACAGAAUCGGGUGCUUCCAUCACCGCUGCCACUUCUCCAGCAGACCACUACUAUUUCUCGCCAGGAAUGACCCCUCAGCCCAGCAGCGGUCCUGGCACCCCUUUCUUCGGCUGCCCGGCCUCCUCUCGCAGCGAGCAUGCGCCCAGCACACGCUUCAACUUUUCUUUCUCCAGACCUCUGCCGUCCCCCGCAGCGACCGCAGCCGUUGCCACGCCUCCGUCAAGCGUUCCCGUAGCCCCGAUGAUGUCCACUCAGACCGCCGCUACCGCUGACAGCAGCAACGGUCACAGCAUGGCCGCCGCUCGUCCGCUGCCGUACCCGUUGCCGAACAUGGGACAGAGGAGAUCCAUUACCGGCGCCACCACUGGCAACCGUCCUCAUAACAGCGGCAUCCGCGCCCAACUGGCCUUGCCGAGCAGCGCAGACGGCCCUGCAAACAGCAGCAACGGCAUCGGAAACAUCAGCAACAACGGCAGCAGCAGCCCCCGCAACACCAUCCGUGCGCAGUUGGCGCUACCGAACAGUGCGAGCAAGAAAAGCGUCGACAAGAUCGAACAUGUGCCACUGUCGCCGUCGCCGCUCGGCAAGCAUCUGGCUGCUGCUCAUCCCCCGCACAACGGUUCCGGCGUGGCGAGCGGGGUUGUGCUCGUGGACGACGAAGGAGAGAAGAAGGAGGUGGUUGUGGUGGAUGGAGGACAGGUGGAGAAUGGCGUCCCUUUCAAGAUGUUCAUGGAGGGAGUUGUUGAAUGCGCUGAAAGUGAUUGA